AGCACAAUUUAGCACAAUCGCAAAAAUUGAAAAAAACGAAAAGUGGGGGGCUGACCUAAAAAUUCGUUUUUCUUCAUUUUCUUUCGUAUUUUUCAUAUUAUGGUUAUAAUAUUCGAGCACAAUAUAGCACAAACCUAGCACAAUUCAGCACAACCGUUAAAAUUUAUUAAUUCGAAAAGUGGGGGGCUAACUUCUAAUAGAUUGUCAUUUCACAAUUGAAAAAAGCUAUUAAAGAAAUAAGAACAGAAUCAGUAAAUAAAUUAACCAAUAAAAUAUCUGAUUUUGCCAUAUAGCGGUUAAUGGCAGACGUUUAAUAAUUGACUGAAACGUAUUUACGAUCAUACCGGUAGUUUAUAUAAGUUGUGACGCGCGUGUCACGCGCUUUAAUUGUGGCUUAUUGUGGAUUGUAGAUAGUUGACUUUCUUUAUUUUUUUAUCAAACUUACCACGAGCAAUACAUGUCAUAUUAUUUGUGAAAAUACAUUUGAAGUGAAUCCGAUCGUUUCAUUUUUUUGUAUGCGUUCAAAUUAUAUCGUCUAAAGUUACGAAUCAACAACAUUGUAUCUUUUCUUUGACUAUAUUGAGUGCAUGUAUACUUUACUCGCGAGAUGGAUAAGAGCUUGGAAUUGAUCAAUUAACAAUCAAUCAACUAGCAUUACUCAGCCGAUUCGGUAACCGAAAGUAACCGAAAGUAGUCGAACGUCGAGCGUACACGGAUGAGAGCUUAUGCCUAAGGCGCGAAAGUGAUGGAAAUACAAAUCGUGCCGCCGUUGGACGCAGCGUAUGCAAUCUAGUAGCCUUGGUGCCGGCCAGGCCGACUUAUAUACCCACUCGAUCACAUUCCAAUGUUCGCCUUCCAAAUGGGCCGCUUAGGAAAUACUUUAGAAGAUAAAAAUUAUACGUGACAACCACAAUGAACAACAAUCAAAGAAAAUAUCCAAAAAAUCCACGACAGAACGCAAAUCUAGUUUCUCUUCUUACUUUUUGGUGGACCAGAAAAAUUUUUCAAAUUGGCUACAAAAAAGAUUUGGAAGAAGUUGACCUUUAUGCCACACUUACGCAAGACGAAACUGGCCAUUUGGAUAAAAUUAUAAAUAAAGCAUGGGAAAAAGAAUUAGAAUCAUGUACGAAAAAAGAAAAUGGAUCUACGCCACAAUUACUCAGAGUAUUAAUACGCUGUUUUGGAAAACCAUUUCUACUAAUUGGAUUAGCAGAAGCAAUUAUGGAAUUAUUUUCUAGAAUAUAUCAACCGUUAUUACUUGCUGCUUUAUUGCGCUAUUUUACGAACGAUAAAGGAGAAUGGAGUAACAAAGUGUAUUAUAACGCAAUUGGUAUAAUUCUACUAUCUAUACUGGAUACUUUUAUUACACAUUAUGCUGUACAUUAUACUAUGCAUAUAGGAUUAAAGAUCAAAACAGCAUGCACAUCAUUAUUGUAUCGAAAGAUAUUGAAACUCUCCAAUUCUGUGAUAGAUAAUGAGACCUCUGUUGGACAGAUGAUAAAUUUUCUAAGUAGUGAUAUUACCAGAUUAGAAACAUCCCUAAUAGAUCUGCACUACAUUUGGAUUGCGCCCAUUCAAAUCAUAUGGAUUACAUAUAUUAUAUUUUCCGAAGUUGGAUGGGCAGCAAUAAUAGGAAUGUCGAUUUUUUUACUAUUUAUUCCUUUUCAAGCGUUUUUGGCGAAAAAAAUCACACCUUUAACGCUUAAAUCAGCAGAAAGAUCAGAUGAUAGACUCAAAUUAAUGAAUCAAAUAAUCACUGGAUUGCAAGUAAUUAAAAUGUAUGUUUGGGAAAUUCCUUUCUAUAAUCUUGUGGAAAAAGCAAGAAAACGUGAAAUGAACGUAAUAAAAAAAUAUUCUAUUCUAAAACAAUUGGCUCUUACUCUUGAUUGUUAUAUACCACGACUUGGUCUCUUCAUCACAAUACUGACGUACACUUCAUUUGGAAAUUAUAUUAAUGCCGAAAAAGUGUAUUUAAUAACAGCAUAUUACAACGUCUUACGAAAUUCAAUGAUUUUUGGAUUUUCAAUGGGUCUUCAUCAAAUGGUACAAAUAUUGGUUUGUACUCGCCGUUUGCAAAGAUUUAUGAUGCAUACUGAGGUCAUUAAAAAAAAAGAAGAGAACUCACAUCAGAUGAUUAAGGAAUCGUUCGCACUUCGUAUGAUCAAUGUUAACGCCAAAUGGCAUGGUGAUGGUAAAGCUUAUACAUUACGUAAUAUAAACUUAACUGUACUUCCUGGAAGCUUCGUGGCCAUUAUUGGUCAAGUAGGUUCGGGUAAAAGUAGUUUGUUACAAACAAUACUCCAGGAAUUGCCCUUGAUAAGUGGAAGCAUCGAAAAUUGUGGCAGAAUAAAUUACAUCAGUCAGCAACCAUGGAUUUUCGCAUCUUCCGUGAAACAAAAUAUUCUAUUCGGACAAACGAUGGACGAAUCACGUUACAAUGAAGUAAUCAAAGUCUGUGAAAUGGAAUCAGACAUAGACUCGUUCCCUCAGGGUGAUUGUACUAUUGUAGGUGAAAGAGGAAUAAAUUUGAGUGGUGGCCAACGCGCCAGAAUCAAUUUAGCACGAGCAAUUUAUAAAGACGCCGAUAUUUAUCUAUUAGAUGAUCCCUUAUCUGCUGUGGACUCGCACGUUAGCAAGCGUCUUGUCAACAAUUGUAUCUGUAACUAUUUAAAGGAUAAAACAAGAAUUUUAGUGACGCAUCAAUUGCAAUAUUUACAAUUUGCUGAUCAGAUUAUUGUGAUGAACAAUGGUAGUAUUGAGCAAAAAGGUACAUUCAAUCAACUACAAGCCUUAAAUCUUGACUUUAUGAAGUUACUAAAGAUGACAGAUGCGGAAUGCAAAGAAGAUGAGACCAAACAAUUUGAUAAACAAUGUCAAAAUUUAACAAAAAGCAAAAAAGGGGCCAAUAAAGCUUCGAAUAUUGAAACACAUGAAAUAACAAUGAAAGGUCACAUGUCUCGCAAAGUGUUCUUUGCUUACUUCAAAGCGAGUAAAAAACCUUUUAUAAUAGCUCUAAUGAUGGUAAUCUUCAUAGUAAACCAAAUAGUUGCCAGUGGUAGUGAUUAUUUUGUUGCAUUCUGGGUAAACAUCGAAUCGAGUUCAUGGCACGAAACUAGUAAUUCUACCACGGAAUUUUUGUGGAAUGGUCCGUUGACUCGUGAUUACAUGAGCUACAUAUAUAGUACAAUGAUAGCAAUCAUCAUAUUACUAUGGCAAUUCCAAACAAUUAUAUAUUUUAGCGUAUGCAUGUGGUCUUCGAUAAAUCUACACUCCGCUAUGUUUCGCAGUAUUUUGCGUACUACUACAUAUUUCUACAAUACGAAUCCAGCUGGCCGCAUAUUAAAUAGGUUUGCCAGAGAUAUUAAUGUUGUCGAUUUAAUGUUAUCGAUGUGCAUAUUUGAUGUUAUAGUAAUCGGACUUAUCUCAAUCACAGUAAUUGUUAUGAUCGUAGCAGUUACUCCAUGGUUGGCUAUACCUUCUCUGUUUUGUGUUUGCAUUUUUAUCUUCUUACGCAAAAUAUACAUUUGUACAAAUCGCAGUAUCAAACGCCUUGAAGGAACAACGCGUUCGCCGAUCUUUGAUCAUCUCAGUGCAUCUCUGGAAGGAUUAACAACAAUUAGAGCUUUCAAUGCCGAGAAUAUAUUGAUGGCGGACUUAUGUAAUCAUCAAGAUCUCCAUUCGUCUGCCUGCUUUUUCUCCCUAGCUACAUCUCGAGCUUUUGGCUUUUAUAUCGAUAUGAUCUGUCAAUUUUAUAUUGGCAUCAUAAUUAUAGCUUUCACGAUCGUCAAAGAUUUAGCAGCAGUCGGUAACAUCGGUUUAACGGUCACACAAAUCAUGUCGUUGACAAAUAUGUUACAAUGGGGAAUUAGACAAACAGCUGAAUUGGAAAGUCACUUGACUUCAAUAGAGAGGAUUCUUGAAUAUACCCAUUUGGAAGAAGAGCCGAUGAUCGACAGUAAGCCGGAAACUAGUCUACCGGAAAAUUGGCCAACAAAAGGUCUUGUAGAAUUUAGAAAUGUAAAUUUAAAGUAUAAUUAUCAAGGCAACUACAUCCUUAAAGAUAUUAAUUUUACUGUCUUACCGAAAGAAAAGAUCGGUAUUGUCGGCAGAACUGGCGCAGGAAAAUCAUCUCUGAUUAAUGCUCUUUUUCGUUUAUCUUAUGUAGAAGGAGAGAUUCGUAUAGAUAAUAUAUCCACUAGCGCGAUUGCCUUGCAUGAUUUCCGAACAAAAAUUAGUAUUAUUCCUCAGGAACCAUUUUUAUUUACUGGCAGUCUACGACGAAAUCUUGAUCCUUUCGAUCAAUAUACCGAUGCUAUAUUAUGGCAAGCUCUUCAAGAUGUUGAAUUAAAAGAGAUAAUCUCUGAGAUGGCUGGCGGAUUGAAUACGAAAGUAUCUAAUGAAGGAUCAAAUUUCAGCGUAGGCCAGAGACAAUUAUUUUGCCUCGCGCGCGCUAUUAUCAAAAACAAUCGAAUUAUGGUGCUGGAUGAAGCAACUGCUAAUAUUGAUCCUUACACGGAUUCCAUUAUACAACAGACUAUUAGAACAAAAUGUAUAAACUGUACUAUAUUUACUAUAGCUCAUAGAUUGAAUACUAUUAUGGAUAGUGAUAGAAUAUUUGUAAUAGAUGCUGGACAUCUUGUGGAAUGUGACCAUCCAUAUAUUCUUUUAAAACAAAAAGGAUAUUUUUAUAAUAUGGUACAACAAACUGGUUCUGUAAUGGCUAAAAACCUUAUGGAUAUAGCUACAAAAAGUUAUGAAAAGAAUAGGCCGCAGUAUAGAUAAUCCUAAUUUUCAAUUAUGUACCAAGUUUUCUAAAAU